AUGGCGGCCUUCGUCGAGGUGGAAGAGACUCCCCUGGUGAAACUCGAAUACAAAGUUCGUGAUCUGAAAAUUAAGCGUCAACAGGACUAUAUCCGGUUUGAAACCAAAUUAAACGACUGGAAGGAGCUCUACGUUGGCUACGAGGACGAGAUUACGAGGCUUGAAAGGGAAGUCAGGGAGAAGGAAGACAUAAUCGAUCAUUUAGAAGGAGAACUGAAAGUCGCAGAAGACGAAAUUUCCGAAUUAAAUCGCGAGCUUAGAGCCAAUAAAACUACAGAAAAGAUGAAGGACAUGGCGGAGGAAUUAGCUAUCUAUAAAGAGUGGAUGCCGAGGAUCAAGGAGAAAGUCGAGCAAGUCGAGGAUCUCAAUAAGUCUUACAAGAGAGGGCGAUUGCAGGACAGUACUAUGGAGGUAUUCCAAGUGUAA